AUGGCGCACAGCGAUGACGCGUUGGCUCGCGUGAAGGCCAUGGAGAUCGCUUGCGCCUUCAGUCCAUCCGACUUCCAAGAGUACCUUCGCGAAGGUGGGCCCGUGGAGCAUGGGGAGCUUUGCAAAGGCUUCCAGUACAGCGGCAGCUACUGUGGCCGCAACAUCGAGAAGAUCUACCACAAGGCCUUCUCUUCGGGCCGCCUCUGCCUGCGCAAAGCAGUAGACGCACUCUUGGGCGACAAGGUGAAGCAUGUUCUGAUCGUCAGCGGCUUCUUCGUCCUCCAUGACAGGGGUGGGCAGGCUCCCAACGGAUCUCGCGGCUCCUGCGAAACGGACGGGCCAUUAGGUGCGCUGGCGAUCCUCCGUGCACUGGCUAAGCGAGGCGUGCGAGCUUCGCUUUUCUGCGACGAGCACAACGGCCCGGUGCUGAAGAAAGCCUACGAUUCGAUGAUGGCGCACUACGCCGACUUCGACGCAGAAACGCACGAAUUGCUGCAGAAGUUCAGCUGCUGCCUUCCCGCCAUCGGGGACUCCCCGGCGGGCGCGACUGCUGCCAUGCUGGAGAUGUAUCGCGAGAAGGCCUAUGGCGGUGGCUCUUGUACCGCACUACAGGACCGCUGGACCUUGCUUGCCCAUCGCCUCGGCGAUGUGCUCGAGACCGAAGUGGACGCGCUCGUGGCUCUGGAGCGGUUGGGCGCACCGUACCGCAACAUCAGAGGUGUCGACAUAGGCACGGACACGGAGCCAAUCGACUUCCUCUUCCCCUUUCUCGAUUGGGAUGGGCUCGGCGACGAGGAGAUUCGCCAUCGCGUGCGCAGCUACGCUGCGGAGAACAAGUACAAACCCGACGUCUGGGAGAAGCUCUGCCGGAUCGCCAAAGUGAACCCCAAAGCUGUGUCGCUUGGCAUUGGCGAUGGUGGCAACGAGGUCGGCAUGGGCGUGGUGGUUGCAAUCCCAGGCGUUCCGCAGCUUUCUCCGGGUGAUGAGUUUGCCGCGCUCUCCAGGAAUGGAUGCUAUCGCGCCUGCGAUCACCUCAUCCUUGGUACGGUGAGCAAUUGGGCAGGCUCUGCCUUCGAAUCAGCAGCAGAUGUCCUCUACCCGCUGGUGCCCAAGGACUCGAGAGGAGGCAGCUGGACACCUGCAGACCUGGAGGAGAAGAUCCUUCGAAGUAUCAUGGUACAGGGCUGA